AUGAAGCAUCGGCGACCAGAAGGGACGGGGAUCCUCAUCGAAACGAUCGCGCCCAGCCAAUACCGCCACAUCGAGGGCAUGAAGCAUGUCCACACAGCCUACGAAGCACUCGUAGCACAUCAUCAGCCGACAACGAAGAUCAAUCGUAUCCAAGUCGCGAUGGAAUUUGCCAAGUUCACCUGUGAUCCGCGCCAGGAGACACUACCAGACUUCAUAUACAGGUUCCAAGUACUGGUGCGCUGCCUAAAGAAGGCCGAAUGCCGCAAGAAGUCCCGCGAGAGCGGCCGCCACGGAGUCAAGACACGCGUCACCAAGGAAGACCACUCCAACGCAGCUGUCUAUUUGUUCUCAAUGUUCGAGAACGGACACGACCUAGACAUGGUCAACCCAGACAACGAAUCGAAGGAAGACGAAGUCGUCCAGCCCGCCGUCGUUGAUGUUGGCAACACAGAACCCAUCAAACUUGGGGAGCCCGGCGAAGCUCUUCCACUCCGCACCGAACCAGACUGGUCACCUACGCGUCAAGAUGUCAGACAACUGUCCAUCGGGAGAAUCCCGUACAAACUGACCUUCUUGAGCCGCCAAGACCUCGCAGCACUUCAAAUCCAACGAAUCCAAGACCCGACACAGGCCUUGACUUUACCCCCUUGA